AGCAGCGGCAGCAGUAAAGAGAAGGAGGAGAGGAGAGGAGGAGGUGCUCUGCAGGAGGUGAAGAGAAGAGGGAGGAUGGAGAGGAGCAGAGAGGAGGAGCAGCUGAGCGACAGACUGAACACGCUGGAUCUGAGCAGCAGGUCCUGGGUCAGUGGAACAGGUCUGGUUUACUCAGAAAUCUUCACUCGUCAUAAGAACCUGUGGGGCGACAGUCAUGCAGAGAGUCCUGACAGAGUGACGUCCAUCAUGGAGGAGCUGCAGAGACAGGAGCUGCUGUCUCACUGCGUCACAGUGGAGCCUCGAGACGCUGCAGAGGAAGAGCUGCUGCUCGCUCACACGAAACAGUAUGUGGAUCUGAUGAGGUCAACUCAGACAAUGACACAAAGUGAACUUCAGGCUCUCUCUGAGAAAUACGACUCUGUUUACCUCCAUCCUGUAAGAACACGCACUCAC